AUGCUUCUCAAACAUGGCCUUUCUUUUACAAUUGUACUAGGAGCAGUGAUUCUCUAAGUAACUUGUUAAUUCAUACCUGCUAUUUAUUUUAAAAAUUAUUAGCUCAAUAGUUUCAAAAGAGCUUCUGCACUAAAGGGAGAAAAACAAUCUGUUUGUUAUGUGUAGGAAGUGGAAAAGCUGGUGCUCAAAUGUUAACUAACUAGUAAAAAUAUAUUUUUUGUCUUACACAUCUAAUUGAAAUUACACUGUCUUAAAUUUCGUUAUUAUAUCACAGAUGUAAGGAAUCCCAUCUCCAAUACACCUUCCAUUCAUUUCUCUGAUGGUUUGCACAGAAACUCUGGACACUCCACACUGAAAUCAAUAGGUUAUAUGCAGCAAACAGCCUUUCUGGAAUCUGUCCCAGGAAAUACAUAUCACAUUCUAGAGGUAAAUGUUCAAUAGUAGAACAGAAAGUAAAGUUUUUUCCCAAAUCUGCUAAGUUGGCAACAGACUAGAUGAAACUAUUGUUACUUUUGGGAGUGACAGGUCAACCAGUCUUCAUCAUGCAAGUAUUCCAACCUUUUGGGUUCUGUGUAUUUGCCAACCAUAUAUUGCUAUAUAUUUUGUCUUCGUUAUAUAUGUUAUUAAAUUCCUAAUUUAAUUAAAUUCCUAAUUAAGGCUAAUGAAACUUCUUGCCUCCCAAAUCCUGUUUGGUUGUUUUUCAGCAAAUACAGAAGGACAAGUUAGGCGUUUUUGUAUGUAAUCUCACAGCAAUUUACAUCUCUUGACCUUAUUCUCUCUUCUAAAAAGCAAACAACCAGUGGAUAUCUUGAGUGAGAUCCCAUACUGUAGUGACUUAUAUGGAAAUUCUGCUCAUAUAAAUCAAACACAGGUAUGCAUAUUUGCAUAGUUCACCUUUUAUGAAAUUCAGAAUAUUUUGGUCAAGGCUGUAUAGCAGAAGUAGAGCAACUUUUUCAGCCUGAGAGCUGCAUUCCUGCAUACACAACCUUCCGGAGGCCACAUGGUGGCUCAGAGGCAAAAAUGGAUGGCUCAAUGGAUGUGGCUUGCCUUUAUACAGUAGGUGACAUUAUUAUUUACCCCAUCCCUUUUUUGCUUCAUCUUUGGGUAGGAAAACAAAAUAGAAUGCAAGAGAAGGAAUGUGAACUAAUAAUUUGACAGAGGAACUCUCUGACCAAACUCUGUUUCAUAGUAACAGGCUUUGCAGCAUCAUUAUGUGGAUUAUUCUUUAUGGGCAUGGUAAAUCUUCGUUCUUUUAUUUGCUUCAGCGCACUAUAAUAUAAAUAAACAUUUCAUUAUAGAGUAUCAAUGACUGCUGAAUAAUUACAGCAAAACUAAGUGCAUUUUUUUUAAAUACCAAGUUUUCUUUCACCAAAGUACAGCCUGUGCUAAAGAGCUACAGACACAAUAUCCAGUAUUACUGGACUAGCACAGUAAUCUUAAAUUGCAGUGGUUGUUUUUUUCUAUUAUGAAAUGUAGUUUUAAAUCUUGAUUAUUCGCAUCCCCUCUCUAUACAUUAAGUUAACAAAUCAACAUUCUAUUUAAUUGAUAGGAGGGGCUGAAAAGAACUUUCUAGAGUGUUUCCUAAGAACUUUGUUUAGCAAGUAACAACCAGAGGGAGAAAUAGAUGAAGGAUAUAAUGGAAGAGGCAAGGAUGAAAGCAAAGUAUUUGGGGGGAGGGAGGAACUCUGUAUCUAACAAAGUGUCCAUCUAGUUUAACCUCUUGAUUCUAGGAUCAGCCUUUCUCAACCUUGAGUCCCCAGAUGUUGAACUACAACUCCCAUCAUCCCUAGCUAGCAAGGCCAGAGCUCAGGGAUGAUGGGAGUUGUAGUCCAACAACAUCUGGGGUCCCAAGGUUGAGAAACACUGCCUCCAGAAAGCCCACAAGCAAAACACACACACACACACACACACACACAACCCUUCAACUGCUGACGUUCAUAAGUCAUUUACCUAUCGGGGAUAACAGACGAUAGACCUAUUCUGUAUGUGCUGGGUCUGAAGAUUCCUUUCCUCUGUCAGAGAAAGCAACCCUUUGGCUCUAGCCCCAUGAAACCUUUAAAGGCUUUUCUAAGAAUGUGACAGGUUCUAGUGGCAGAGCCUAUAACUUACAUAGUGUGUAUUUUAACAUAUACUUUACCAAUACUUUACCAUAGUGUGUAUUUGUGUCUUUCAUACCUGCUGCUUCAAGACUGCAAAGAAGCUCCUAAAUACUUUCGGAUUUAAAUUACCCAAAAAAAUCCUCAAAAACAUAAAAUUGAAUGAUUCCUUCCCUCAUAGGCCAGCAUAUAAUAGCAUUAACCCCACUCUCAUUUUUAAUAAAAUAGAUUUUGUUCCCUGGCUGUACCUCAAAAUCUGAAUCGGAUGCAUUUACAGUAACAGGAGGUUGCGAAAAAAUAACUUUUUCUUUCAAUGUGCUUUUGUGCUUAUGAAAUGAAGCAUGUUUUCUGUCAGUCAAAAUUUAAGCUGUUUCACAUUGCCAUGACACAAUAAACAGCUUGCAUAGCAGGGAAGCAGCUGAAUUCAGUAGCUGGUCACUAAUUGACUUGGAAGUGGUUCAAAAUGGUAAUACUUUAACUGUUCAGUAUGUUUCAUAUGUUUUGGCGGCAUUUGUCUAAAAAUUAGUGUAAACCAUUAUACUUAAAAACAUACCGUAUUUUUUGCACCAUAACACUCACUUUUUUCCUCCCAGAAAGUAAGGGGAAAUGUCUGUGCGUGUUAUGGAGGGAAUGCCUACGGGUGGCAUGCCUACGGAUCUUCCUCCUCUAAAAACUACGUGCGUGUUAUGGUCAGGUGCGUGUUAUAGAGCGAAAAAUACGGUACCCAUUUUCUUUGGUGUGUCAUAAAGAAAAACCAAGGGUCAUACAGUCCUUACUGAAAAAGCUCUCAUGACAUUUGGGGGCAAAUGGUAGAUAGUUGGAUGUGGAGUAUAAUUUAGACUGGAGGAAAUAGCCCUAACACAGCAGCCUGAAUCCAAACCACAAACACACUGUGUGGCUGCUAGGAUUUCCCAACAUCUUGUCUCAUCUGGCCUUCAAAAGAACUACUAACAGCAAAUACGCAUAACAGAACAAGCAACUAUACUUUGUUGCUUGUUUUAAGGCAGGCUACUUUUUGUGUUCCCGGUUUAAGUCAUGAGGACCUCUGGUUUGGGACUAAUGCACUUUACAUGACUAACAAUGCAGUCCCUAACCAUAUCUACUCAGAGGCAAGUCCUACUUGCAGGUCAGUUGGGUUAGGGUUGCAGCCUUAGUCUAAGGGUACUCCUAUAGGUGGGCUUCAUUUGUAAAUGGGACCGAAUUUACUGGAUAACCUACUUGACAUUCCCCAGAUUAAAUGCAGUGAGCGGCAGGAAAUACCAGCUAACAUUCUGAUAUCAGUAAUAUUGUGUAGAUGCUGGGGGGAGGGACGUUAUCCCUGCAUGCAUAAACAGUACUAAACAACCAUCUGGAAGUACCCCUAAUCUGAUGUUGCAGCAAUGAUACCUGGUGCUACCUUUUAGACUCUUACAUAAAAACACUGAGAAUUUUUGUUAAUUUAACGCCACAGUCUAAAUUAAAAUAUAAAAUACUGUGAAAGUGGGUCAAAGACUGAAUGAUUUCAGCCAGUCUUUCCCUAUGAUCUUCAUUACUGCGCUUAGUGCACAUUUAUCAUGCCAUAAAUUGGUUAUUGGGACGCGGGUGGCGCUGUGGGUAAAACCUCAGCGCCUAGGACUUGCCAAUCGCAUGGUCGGCGGUUCGAAUCCCCGCGGCGGGGUGAGCUCCCAUUGUUCGGUCCCAGCUCCUGCCCACCUAGCAGUUCGAAAGCACCCUUAAGUGCAAGUAGAUAAAUAGGUAAACGGCGUUUCCGUGUGCUGCUCUGGUGCCGGUUCGCCGGAGCAGCUUCAUCACGCUGGCCACGUGACCCAGAAGUGUCUGCAGACAGCGCUGGCUCCCGGCCUCUAGAGUGAGAUGAGCGCACAACCCUAGAGUCUGUCAAGACUGGCCCGUACGGGCAGGGGUACCUUUACCUUUACAUUUAAAUUGGUUAUUAGGAAGGUGACCCAAGCUAUUUUACAUGUAUGAACACAUAGGUGUUUAAUAAAGUGGCCACUCUGGAGCCCUUGUCCUUAAAUAACUUGUAUGCACCAUAUCUUGUUUAUUUUAUCCUAUCAGAUCUCUUCAGCUCACUCAUUCUUUCCAUGAUACUCCUCCCAAACUCAUCAUAUAAUUAAGACUGCAAUCCUCUACAGCCUUCCCUGGACAUGCCCAAAAUAGUGCUGUUAAUCUAUAUUACAUGGUGAUAUUCGCAGCAAAGGAAAAUGUUUCAUUCAAAUUAUUAUCCGGUGCUUUAUCUGAUGUUCCAUUCAAGCAGAAAUCUGGCUAUGAGCAAGCAGGUUUGCACUCUACUUAUCUUUCAGAUUGCCCAUCAUUUAUUAACUUGUCAUAAAAAGCUGAUGUUUGACAGAAUUGCCAUUACGUAUUUUUACAAGGUAGGUCAAUCACUGAUCAGUUAGAUACCAAGAGGAGUCAACAGCAAGGCUUCCUACUCCUCCUCUGGAGUGUAUGCGUCCCAGUUAGACUUACAGGAAAUGUCCUACAUAUAUGCAUCUCCCACUCCUGUGGCAUCACUGGCUUUCUCCCAUUCGCAUCAUGGAAUCAUAGGGCUCUUCCUACACUGCAAUUCACAGGUUUCUUGUAAACAAUCGGGAGGUAUAUAAAUUUUGUUAAAAUGAAUACAUUCCCAUUGGGUUCACAGAGUUUUCUGCAUUAAUAGCACACAGGCCUUUCAAUGAACCUCAUAUGAGUUAUAGAAUCCCCUCUUCCACUGCCAGAGUCAGGGGACUUUCCCCCUAGGUGCAGGGGCGGGGGGCGAAGCGAAAAAUGUGAAUGUUCCCUUCAUAUAGUAGGCUAGUUUCUAAACACUCAAACCCCACUCUUAUUUGGAGUGUUAGAGGAGGAGUAGUACCUCUGGUGGGGGACAUGUUCUUCUGGAGUAGUUUGUCCAUCUUUGGUCCCCAUCCUGAACUCUGUUCUCUCCUGGGCUUCUAGAAGCUGACAGCAUGACAGUGCCACACCCAGAAAACGGCCUUGACUGACUGGCUAAACCAGGUGAAGGUAGCCCAUGGGUCUCAAGCCCUUGGUGAGUUAGGGACUCGCCGGUGAGUUAGGGACAGGCUCCAGCAGAUUGAGCAGAUGAGACUAGUAGUGGGUCCAAUGGUCAAGAAGGCAGUUUCUGUACGUACUGUGGAAGGAAGUGAGGGACAGAUGGGGCUCAUCCACCUGGCAAGGUAGACCAUCUAGGGGAAGGAAAACUUUGAUCCUAAACCUCCACUGCCUUGUGGGAUAUCUUUGGGAGAAGAAAAGGCUAAGGAACGAACCCUACACAACUCUGGAGUGGAGUCCUUAAGACACUUUCUGUGUCUCCUUCCAGCAACUCCUGCAGCCAAGCUGGUGCCAAACAUACUGCUCUGCUUUCCUUCAGACCACAUCAGCGAGGCUGAAAGAAGGGGUCUUGUCUGGGCAGCCCAGGAUUCCCAUGAUGUCAUGAACUGGCAGGACGACAGGGAAGAGGAAGAAGAUCCCGGUGAGGGGUGUAGCUGGGACUGGGACACACCAGGGCAAGCAGGGGACAGGGAAGGAAGUAUUCACUGGGUGAUGGAGGAUGGCGAGGGAAUAGGGGUCAGUACACAAGAAUCAGUGCUCACUGGAAGGACAAAUCCUGAAGCUGAGGCUCCAAUACUUUGGCCAGCGCAUGAGAAGAGAAGACUCCCUGGAAGAGACCCUGAUGUUGGGAAAGAUUGAGGGCACAAGGAGAAGGGGACAACAGAGGACGAGAUGGUUGGACAGUGGUCUCGAAGCUACCAGCCUGAGUUUGACCAAACUGUGGGAGGCAGUGGAAGACAGGAGUGCCUGGCGUGCUCUGGUCCAUGGGGUCAUGAAGAGUCGGACACGACUAAACGACUAAACAACAACAACAACACAAGAACCAGAGCAGCAGGACCCAUCACCAGAGCGUGGAUGUGUGGAUUGACCCCUGGUCUUUGGACUUUGACAUACAGACUUGUGACCAGGUAGGCCAGGGUUUCAGGACACACACACUGCCCAGGUUUGUGCCCCAAAGAGGUCACUUGCUGCUAACACAGCAGUUUGACCUCCAGAGGCUAUAUUCUGAUCCUGAUACCAGACUUGUACAUGAUUUCUACUGUGAGUGAGACUCUUUUGUGAGCCUCUCAGGGCCAAAAAGCAGAAUAUAAUCCCAAAUAAGUAAAUUUUGUGAGGGUUUUUUUGGGGGGGGGCAGCAGUUAGGCUGUAGGCCGAGACCCUUCCUGGAUCCAGAAAGUGUUAAAAUCUAAGCAAGGGUUCAAAUUCCUAGAAUAGCCAGGCUAGCUUCCUGGUGAGGUAAUAGCUUAAUUAUGGGUUGUUAACAAAGGCAGUGGUUCUGUGCCAGAGGACAAAAAGGUGGGCCAUCCUUUCUCAGCUGUUCGGAGGUCAGCGUCGAGAGUUGGGUUAUGUGAACUAGAAGUUGGAACUUGGCAAGGCUGCAAGCCGGGCAGCUGGAAGACAGAGCCAUGCCUUAUUUCUGCUGGAAUCCACGGUUGUGGAAAUGGGAGAAGCAAGAUCCUCUUGGGGUGAUUUCUUUAGUCUGCUUCAGGAUAAUAUAUCAGAUACUUGCUUUACCAGACUACGAGCAUUUACAGACUGUCACUAUUUUCCAGUGGGAUUCAACCUCAUGCUGACAAGUUCAGUUUGUACUGUUAAAGUUGAUUUGGAGUCCUUGUGCAACAAACAAACUCCUCUCGCUUUGCUCACCCCCCCCCAUUAACUUUUUGCGAUAAGAAAGUGAGGGGGGGAUGCAUUGAGAGUGUGGGACAAGAUUUGCUGGAUGCAACAUCUUCUAACCUCCCUGCAGGCAUAUUGGAAUGAAUGCUCAAUGAACUGGGGAUGUCUUCUAAGCUCCUUGCAAACUUUGUGCUAACUAAUCAGGAUUAAUCUUCAAUAAACAGGCUGCCUAUAAGCAGCAAGACUAGAGUAGACUUCCCACUCCCCGCCAUUCAUGUGCAUUUGUGAUGAUUUGUGCUUAUAGUUAUGUGAUUCUGCUCUCAGCAAGCCUGCUGCGUGUGGUGUAGUGUUGUGUAGUGGAUGGAGUGUUGGACUAGGACAGUGUUUCUCAAACUUAGGUCUCCAGAUGGGCUAAAACUCCCAUCAUCCCUAGCUAUCGGGACCAGUAGUUGUAUUCCAACAACAACUGAAGACCCAAGUUUGAGAAACACUGGACUGGGACCUGGUACUAGGACCUAGGUGCUGGGAGACCAGGGUUCAAAGCCAAGAGGGCAUGUAAAUGUUAAUGAUAAUAGGCCACAAAUCUGCCUCAAAACAUUCAUGAUAUGUACAUCAUGGAGCGUACAUCAUUGUCCCAGAGCAUUCACAGUGAUAAAGGUAAAGGGACCCCUGACCAUUAGGUCCAGUCGUGGCUGAUUCUGGGGUUGCGGCGCUCAUCUCGCUUUACUGGCCGAGGGAGCCGGUGUACAGCUUCCGGGUCAUGUGACCAGUAUGACUAAGCCGCUUCUGGCGAACCAGAGCAGCACACGGAAACGCUGUUUACCUUCCCGCCAGAGCAGUACCUAUUUAUCUACUUGCACUUUUACAUGCUUUCAAACUGCUAGGUUGGCAGGAGCAGGGACUGAGCAACGGGAGCUCAACCCAUUGCGGAGAUUCAAACCGCUGACCUUCUGAUCGGCAAGUCCUAGGCUCUGUGGUUUAACCCACAGCGCCACCCGCGUCCCUCAUUCAGAUAGAUGGGAUAUAAAUUAUCCUAUAAAUAUCCUUUCUUUAAACUCCUCUGUAAACAUUGUUUGUGCCCACAACAUACAUUAAAAACUUCAGCGUUCUCCCCGCAAAGAAUCAUAGUAACUGUAGUUUUCCCUUCACAGAGAUUUACAAGGCAUCUACCUCAGUAUCUCAGAGAACCAAGCUGAUUCCGAAACAGCUUGUCCUCCUUCUAACCUAAGUUGAACAAUGUGAUGUGUGAAAAAUAUUUCUGUGAUUUACCCCAUCUAGCCUACUGUGUUUUCCAUUUUAUAAUCCUUUUUCUGAGCAAAAGCCCCGUGUGGUUGUUUUCGAUAUGUGAGGAGAACCUUUCCCCCUGCCCCACCCCAGGCAUCUGUGAGGUAAUUUGCAAAUUAAAUGGAAUGUUUUGAAGGCAGCGUAACCCAAACCCAUACUGUGUGGUAUGUUUCCCCCUACAAAUAAUUAAACACAAGAUGUUGACAGGUGCAAAUAGUUCCCAAAGCCCCGUGGGCCUGUCACAGUGUAAUCCUGCGCAACCCCAAAUGUUUUUUGACAUUAAGACCAGCAUGGGGCGAAACCAAACAACCGCAUUUCAGAUCUUUCCCAGAAAUGCUGAGUUGAAAACCAAACAAUUAUUUGCUGGUUUUUACAGCUUGCUUUCCGCCUCCCUAUUUACCUAACUGGCAUUCCCACUUCACAAAGUGCCUGUUAAUAAGAUUAGCAAUUAAAAAGCUUGGCUGGCAAUUGGCAAGCAUGUUCUCCUCGGAGUUGGUUGGAGGCGCUUGCGUGUGUCCCCAGCAGGGCUUGAGGAGCACCUGAAGGAGGGAAGGCAAAGGCACGCUCCGCCGUACGCAACCCAGCACCACAGAGCAGAAAUGGAGAAAGCCCGGCCGUUAUGGGACAACCCCUUGCAGUUUGUCUUUGCCUGCAUUUCUUACGCAGUAGGACUGGGGAACGUAUGGCGCUUUCCCUAUUUAUGCCAGAUGCACGGAGGAGGUAAGCGUGAGUUCCUGGAGUUUACUCUGAGCAUAGAAUCGGCGUUCAAGCACCCUGACUUGCAAAGCCAGAUUGUCUUUUUCAGAAUAGUGUUGGAUGCUGGAUAGGAUUCCUCAGGUUGAGAAAGAAAUAAGAUGUUAUGUUUUAAGGUGGGUCAAGAGCAAUAGCCAAAGGUCUCAGCAUCCUCUGAUGUUCAACAGCUCUCCUUUCCACAUGCUCUUUCCUUCCUCGGUUGAGUUCCAGAGUAGGACUUAAAACUGUAAGUCGGCAGCCAAGGUUUUGUUCCUUUAAACUUUAACCUGGUACCUGAGGUAUAUUAUUUUUAUGCUGUCAGUUCUGACAGAGUCUCUCAUCCUAACUGCAUGCUCCUAAAGCCAUGGGUGGUUUUUACGUGCCAGUGGAGAGCCACUUCGCUUCCUUACAGAUGCAUGUCAUUGCAUGGGUUCCUAGUGUGGCACAUGCGCCCAGAGAGGCCUUCCUUGGCAUCUAUGGAGUCCUGUACCUAUCAACUACUCACCACAGAAAUUAGGAUUGACAGAAACCCAUCAAUAUACAGUGGUACCUCGGGUUACAGACACUUCAGGUUACAGAUGCUUCAGGUUACAGACUCCACUAACCCAUAAAUAGUACCUCGGGUUAAGAACUUUGCUUCAGGAUGAGAACAGAAAUCGCACAGCGGUGGCAUGGCAGCAGCGGGAGGCCCCAUUAACUAAAGUGGUACCUCAGGUUAAGAACAGCUUCAGGUUAAGAACCCGAGGUACCACUGUAAUAGCCUAGUUUCAUCAGAGGAGUGGCAAUUUGAGGGGUUGCACCUAGGAGCCCCCUUCUCCCCUGACAAUUAGACUUGGAAUAAAGUUCUAUUGCCAACCCAGCUGUCCUCUCCCAGAAGAUCUCUCUCUGUGUCUCCAUCUCACACACACAACUUGGGGCAGGGGGGAAACAAAAAUACAGUUUUUCAAGACUAGUUGCAGGCAGGGGAAGAACCUAGAGUGUGGUUGGAAUUUGUGCACGGUGCCCAGUUUAUCUGGUCCACAUAUGCCCCAAAAAGUUGGCAUUCCCUGACAUAGGGAACAAGAAGACACAUUGCAGCAGAAUCUCAUUAUUCAUGACGAACAAGGGAUGGAAGCCAAUCGCUCGUUCUAUACAUGACUAGACAAAGGCCCGUGAAACUUACCAAGUGUGGUUCUCAUGCCCCUUCUCUGCAGGCCUUUCUGUUCAUCCCAUUCUGCAUUGCUUCCUUCCCUUGCAGGCCACCAAAUUGGGUCCUGAAGGUUAUGAAGGAGAAGGGGCAUCGCUGAGCUGUACUGUCUUAGGUUGUGGACGGAUGUCCCCAAAUGCAGGACUUUUACAUAGGAUAGAAUAGCAACCAGUCAUACUAACAUGGGGGGAACUGCUGAGGGCCAAACCAUGUAUGUUGAUGGUAUGAGAGAAUUAUGAUCAGAGCUGACUUUUCUUUUCUUUUUUUACUUCAAAGUGGGGAGGGGACGAUGACCUAUUUUCAGUUCAAGGGCAGCAUUUCCUUCUGGGCCAUCAGAGGCAAAAAUGGGUCAAACAAUGAAUGUGAAUUUUGCCUUUGUACGGUAGGGUAGUUCUACACACACUAAGAUGCCCCUCUCUCUGCCCAAUGGUAUAUUCCAGCCAGGCAAAAACACUUAAUGAGGAUGCAAAGCAUGACCAACCGAGAUGGGGCUUGGCCUGGGGAGAGUCCUGAGGGGUACAUUGGCCUGGAGGACCACCUUUGUGGUCCCGGUCCCCCCUGUGUGAGAUUCCCCAUCACUGCUUUAAGACAUCCAUUGGGGUCUCCAUUUUGAUCAAAGCUGUGACACCACAGGAGGAAUAGUUAACCUUUUCACUUGACAUUGCUGCUCUGAACUGCCCAGUAAGAGCAACAAGCACCUGUGUUGGUUUCUUCUGUUGGAGUGUGUUGAGGGAAAAACAGCAUGAAAGUCCACUCCCCCACUGUCACUGAUCCAAGCAGAAACAAUGGGCUGUGUCAAGAUCAUGAAUCUCGAGCAUCAUUUCGCCCUGAGAAUCACUUGCUCCUGUCUGUAUCCUGAGUUUUUAUUCUUUUGACAUUGUUGAAUUUCAGUGAAUAUGGCUGUAUGCUGGGAACCUUUAAUAUAUAUUUGAUUUGAUCCCAGAAUGUCCCACUUUUCCUUAGUAUGUCCCUAGUUUGAGCAGAGAAAUGUUGGAAGGAAUGGAGUUAUGUGACCCCCGAGCCAAGGAGAAAAGUAACUAUACAACCUUGAGAAGAUAUCUGAAGGCAGCCCUGUAUAGGGAAGUUUUUAAAUGUUUUAUUAUGUUUGUAUAUAUGCUGGAAGCCACCCAGAUGGGCAGGGUAUAAAUAGUAAAAUUAUCAUUAUCAUUAUUAUUUAUUAUUAUUAUUAAUGAAUAGGGUGUCCCUAUUUUCAUUGGAGAAAUGUUGGAGGGUAUGUGAUGACAAGGAGAACAAUGCAUCUUCCAUCUGCAUUCAGGGACAACAUUCCCACUAGUAUAAAGGUAAAGGGACCCCUAACCGUUAUGUCCAGUCGUGGCCAACUCUGGGGUUGCGGCGCUCAUCUCGCUUUAUUGGCCGAGGGAGCCGGCGUACAGCUGCCGGGUCAUGUGGGCAGCAUGACUAAGCCGCUUCUGGCAAACAAGAGCAGCACACAGAAACACCGUUUACUUUCCCACCGGAGUGGUACCUAUUUAUCUACUUGCACUUUGCCGUGCUUUCAAACUGCUAGGUUGGCAGGAGCAGGGACCGAGCAACGGGAGCUCACCCCGUCGCGGGGAUUCGAACUGCUGACCUUCUGAUCGGCAAGUCCUAGGCUCUGUGGUUUAACCCACAGUGCCUCCCGCAUCCCUCCCACUAGUAUAGAUUGCCCUUAAAAAGUGUCUGUUGGUGGACUGUGACAUCUUGUGUCAGCUUUGAGUGAUUGCUUCAUCCACUCUUGUGAUCUGGAUUGCAUCAAGUUAUAACAUCCCACCAGGAGGCUUUGUUUUCCACGGAUGCUGGGGGUGAGCUAUAUCUUUGCUGGGCCAACACAGCCGUCCUGUCCAGCCCAGUACUCAAAGCACACCAGAUCACAGCCCUGACCUGCUGAAGCAAAGCUUCAAAGGCAUCCAACUUGUACUCUGCAAGGAAGAAAAAAUACCAAACAUGUUGUUGGAGAUGCGAUGCAAGUCCAAGGGACGAGGGGGAAAUUCAGUUCACUUUGGAUUUUAAUGCAAACCUACAUGAUUUGCAUUUAAACUGUGCAUUUCAAAAAUUGUAUGUGUUCGUGAAAAUAACAUAGCAAAUCAUUACAUUGAAGGCAGCCCUGCAACACCAGACUGAGGUGUCAUAACAGCCAUUUGUUCUGUACGUUGCCUUACGAAGUCAGGGAAUGGCAAUAGUGGAGCAGAUCCAGGUGCUCUUGGAGGAAACUGAUUUUCUAGAUGCAUCUAUCAGGGUUUAGGCCCAGUCUUGGACCAGAAACUACUUUGGUCACCCUGUAUAAAGGCCUCUUUCAGGAGAUGAACAAGGAAAGUGUGUCCCUUAAUUACCUGCAACCUCUCAGUGACUUUUGAUACAAUCAAGCAUGGUAUCCUUCUGGAGCAGUUGUCCGAGUGACAGGUGGGUGGCACCACUUUGCGGUGGUUCCUGUCCUACUUGGACGGUCCUUCCCAGAGGGUGAUGCUUGGGGAGUACUUUUCAGCCCCAUGAAGCCUUCAAUGCGGAGUUCCUCAGGUCUCAAUUUUAACCCCUAUGCUAUUUAACAUCUACAUGAAACCACUGAGGUCCAGUAUACCUGAAGGAGCGUCUCCAUCUCCAUCGUUCAGCCCAGACACUGAGAUCCAGCGCUGAGGGCCUUCUGGAGGUUCCCUCAUUGCAAGAAGUGAGGUUACAGGGAACCAGGCAGAGGGCCUUCUCGGUAGUGGUGCCUGCCCUGUGGAACACCCUCCCAUCAGAUGUCAAGGAAAUAAGCAGCUAUCUUAAGAUGUCAAGGAAAUAAACAGCUACACCCCUAUCUGGACAGGGAUAGCCUAACUUCUGUCAUCUAUGCUCUGGUAACCUCAAGGUUAGAUUACUGCAACAGGUGAUAUGUGGGGCUGCCUCUGAAGACAGUUCGGAAACUUCAGCUGGUGCAGAAUUCAGCGGCCAGGUUGCUCAUCAGGGCAAGAUGGUUUGAACAUAUUACACCGAUUCUGGCCCAACUGCACUGGCUACCAAAUAGUUCUGGGGCCCAAUUCCAAGUGCUAGUUUUUACCUAUAAAGCCUUAAAUGACUCUGGGCUAAAAGGGCACACCGAUGGGGUUGUGUCUCAGUGAUAGAGCAUCUGUCUUGAUACAAAACAUCCCAGGUUAAAUCCCUAGGAUCACCAAGUAGAAUAAUAGAAUUGUAGUUGGAAGGGACCCCAAGGGUCAUCUAGUCCAGCCCCCUGCAAUGCAGGAAUCUCAACUAAAGCAUCCAUAACAGAUGGCCACCCAACCUCUGAUUUAAAACCUCCAAGGAAGGGGAGUCCACCACCUUCUGAGGAGCACCAUUCCACUAUCAAACAGCCCUUACUGUCAGAAAGUUCUUCCUGAUGUUUAGUUGGAAUCUCAUUUCUUGUAAUUUGAAGCUGUUGGUCCUAGACUCUGGAGCAGGAGAAACAAGCUUGUUCCAUCUUCUAUUUGACAGCCCUCCAGAUAUUUGAAGAUGGCUAUCAUAACUCCAGGGUGCUGUGGGUUAAACCACAGAGCCUAGGACUUGCCAAUCAGAAGGUCGGUGGUUCGAAUCCCCGCAACGGGGUGAGCUCCCAUUGCUCGGUCCCUGCUCCUGCCAACCUAGCAGUUCGAAAGCAUGUCAAAGUGCAAGUAGAUAAAUAGGUACCGUUCCGGCGGGAAGGUAAACAGUGUUUCCGUGCACUGCUCUGAUUUGCCAGAAGCUGCUUAGUCAUGCUGGCCACAUGACCCACUUUAGCCGGCUCCCUCGGUCAAUAAAGCGAGAUGAGCACCGCAACCCCAGAGUUGGCCACAACUGGACCUAAUGGUCAGGGGUCCCUUUACCUUUAUCAUAACUCCCAGGUAGGGUUGGAAGAAGCAUCUGCCUGAAACCCUGAAGAGCCAUUGCCAAUUGGGAUUGACCAGUGUUUCCCAAACUUGGGUCCUUUUGGACUACAACUCCCAUCAUCCCUAUCUAGCCAGACCAGUGGUCAGGGAUGAUGGGAAUUGUAGUCCAAAAGCAACUGGAGAUCCAAGUUUGGGGAACACUGGUGUAGACUGAACUAGAUGGUCUGAAACAGCUUCUGGUCUUUCCUACCUGAAAGCUUUCCUGACUGGGGCAAACAGCAGCUUCAGCUUCAAUUUGCAUUGGGAAAGCAGUAUGGUGCGAAGGUUAGCCUUCUCUCCUAGCUCUGUAAUCCAAGUCCAGAUGGGGAGAGGGUCCAUGAUUUCUUUUUAACAAGAGAAGCUGAGCGUAACCCGUCACUGAUCUCCAAAGUUUUGAAGCUGAUAACCCUCUCCAAACCGUUAGUUCGUUUUUUUAGGCUCCUGCAAUUAUAAAAGGGCUCUGCUACAAUACCGAGGCUCUUAGACGCUUGAGAAUUCCCUUUGCAAGGAAGAAGUUACCUAAGUUUCAAACAAAGGGGCUGUUAAUAAAAAGGCACAAGCAGUGCAAAUAUUAAUUCCCUGAAAUAAAACGGAUUAUGGCUGAGCAUUCACCUCACUUUCUCCGUCGGCUACUAUGCAGAUUGCAUUCAUUUCUACUGCUCAACAGUCCCCCCGCUUCAAGGAAUGUUAAUGCUGGAGAUUAAACACCAAAUAAUAGAUAUUUACAGAAAUACUUUGGCCUGCUCUGAAAAGAAAACCGGGGAAACCUUUUUAUACAACCUCCCACCCAGCAAAAACAACCACAACCCUGUUUUUAAUUUGGUCAGACAUGGCGGCUCCAAGUCAAACACAGAAAACUUGGACUUUUCUGAGAGGUUAUGGUGGAUGUUAGCUAUGCUGUGGGAGUGCUGUUCAAAAUGGCAUCUCUGCGGUGAGUUUUCCCCGUAAAAUGUAGGAAAGCAUAUACCUGGUGAGUUUGCCCAUCAUUUCAGGCAAACCCACCUAAUAUAUACUUUCCAGAACAAUACAAGAACCGAAACACUGAUGUUAAUUGACGAAGAAAAUUUUAUGGGAAAAUAGUUUUGGAAAACAGUUACAAUGCAGAUAUGGAAACACGGCCAGGGGGAUUUGAGGAAGUCACCUAACAAUGUUAACAAAAGUGGAAUUAUUAUAAUCAGGAUAAAUGUUUGUUGGUUUGUUAUAAAUUUGGAAAAUUUUAAAAAAAUUGAAGAAGAAAAAACAAGAAGCAAAACACUGCUGGUCUUCAAAAUUCACACCUCUCUGAAUUUUGCAAUGCAGUUUUCCAGCCCAGUAAUGUGUACAAAGCUGGAUAUUCAAGGGCGAAGCAUGCAUAUACAUGAAACUACGGCUGAAAAUAACAUACAAUAAUGCAUUAUAUUGGAGGGAAAUUGCUUUGCAAAAAAAAGUUCUACAGUAUAUUGGGCAAAAUUGCAUGCGAACGCGAGCCUAUCAGGAUAAAUUUGCACUGAAGUGCCGGUGAAUUUACAUCACAAACUGAUGUGGGAAAUCUGGUUAAAUGAAUUUAGGACUGGAAACUGAAAAUGACAGGUUGGCCCAUCCCUACAAGUCAGAUCCAUUGAUUUAAAGGAGAAACUUCCUUUGGAAGUUUUAGUUGACUUCUAAAUGCCACCGUACUCUUGAUCUUUUUUCUCUUCCCUCGGUUAAAUUUUAAUGCUUUUUAAAGCAAUUAGUUAUCCUUUAACAGUCACUAGUCUGGACUGUGUGAAAGACUUUCCAUAAUCACAUCUGGAGUACAAAUUUGUUUACAGGAAAUGAUUCUGGCAUUGGCGACCAAAACAGGCUGUGGGAGAUAUCAUCAUCGUCUAAAAUUUCUGAGGCGCUGUUCAAAAUAAUAAUACCUUUAAUAAACAAGCCUUAUCCAUUGACUUAUAAUCUAACAGACAUAGUACAAAAGAAAAAUAGGAUGAGAAAAGAAAAAGCAAUUCAGACACUAAUUCUUACAUAAACUUAUACAACUUAGGCUACAGUCAUUUUCCUGGGAAUAAGUCCCAUGAAACUCAUUAGGGUUCCAUGUAUCAGAUUGCAUUUUAAUGUUAUAAUUGCAUGGGAUCUGAAAUAUAGUAGGAAUUGGAAUUUUGUUCAUUUGGAGUGUGUAUACCCUCACACGUUAUGUUACUAAUGCAGCAAUGGUUUGGGUGAAAUCGCUUCUUUGUGUUUCCUCCCAAUUAUGAUCAGUAUUCCUGUAUUCCUCUCUAGAUAGUGUGGUAAGACCCUUUGUCUGGGUUUUAAACCAGAAAGCAGUUGAAAGAUUGGCUACUUCUUGAAAAUGCGGACAUUCUAGAUCUAGAAGGUUUUGAUAAUGUGUUUGGAUGGCAUGCAUAUUUAUGGUAUGACAAGGUUAAAGCGCAUAAGGCCUUUAAGAACCAUAUUGUCAGGAAAGCAUUGUUUAAUGUUUGGGUGAGAUAUAAGGAUUUGUUGGAAAGUAAAACACCAAGGUGGCUGUCACCAAUGGAGGCUAAGGCAUUGAAAAAAACUAAUAUGGAGACAAAUUGGCCAAAAUACUGUGAAAUUUUAGAACAAGUUGGAGAUAAACUAAAACUGCAGAGUUUUGACAAAUUAAAAACUAAAGUUCAAGACUGGCUUCAUUAUUAUCAAAUAAGGGAGGCUUUUAACCUAGAUAAAAAGAUUGGUUUCCAGGAGGAAAAAUCUAAACUGGAAACGGAAUUGUUAGAGCCUAAAACUAAGAACUUGUCAAGAAUGUAUAACCUGCUGCUGAAAUGGAAUACACAGGAUGAAACGGUUAAAUCAGCUAUGAUUAAAUGGGCACAAGAUGUUGGGCAUAAUAUUAUGUUUGCUGACUGGGAACGGUUAUGGACCACAGGUAUGAAAUUUACGGCUUGUAAUGCCUUAAGAGAAAACAUAAUGAAAAUGAUUUAUAGGUGGUACUUAACCCCAGUCAAGCUAGCAAAAAUCUAUCAUCUGCCUGAUAAUAAAUGUUGGAAAUGUAAAGAAAAUGAGGGUACUUUUUUUCACCUUUGGUGGACGUGCCCAAAGAUCAAGGCCUUCUGGGAAAUGAUAUAUAAUGAAUUAAAAAAGGUAUUGAAAUACACUUACUUGAAGAAACCAGAGGCGUUCCUCUUGGGCAUGGUCGGCCAAUUGGUGCGAAGGGAAGAUAGAAAUUUUUUUAUGUAUGCGACAGCAGCAGCAAGAAUACUCAUUGGGAAAUACUGGAAGACACAAGAAUUGCCUACCCGAGAAGAAUGGCAGAUGAAAGUGAUGGACUAUAUGGAACUGGCUGAGAUGACCGGCAGAAUUCGAGACCAGGAAGAAGGGCCGAUGGAAGAAGAUUUGAAAAUAUUUAAAAUAUAUCUUCAAAAAUACUGCAAUAUAAAAGAAUGUUAGAAAGAGGUUGGAAAAGAAUAUUAGGCCGUUUUGGCAGAUAUGGUAUAAUGGAUUAAGUAAAAAUGAAGUGUAGAAACUGAGGAUAGAGGAGGAUUAAAUACAUUAUUGAAUGUUAAAAUAAGUAAAUGAAAAGAAGGUUAGAAGGAUUUGCUGGAAAUACGAUCUAAACUAGAAUACAAAGCGGGGAGGUGAGAGGAAGUCAUGGAAAUAAGUAAAAGGGAAAAAGGUUGUAAAGGUUUAAUUUGAUUUUUGCUAUACUUUAUUGUAAUGUAUUUUUAUUUUUUGUUGAGUUUUUCUUAUUGUCUGUUUUUUGUAACAUGUUUUAUUCUUUUUUGUAUGUUUUUUUUUCUUUCUUUUUGUAAUUUUAAAAUUGGAAUAAAUAUUCUUAAAAAAAAUAAAUAAACCAGAAAGCAGUUUAUUCUGGAGGUGGUAAAAGCGUAAGGGAGCUUCUUUUUUCACAUGUGGCGGGAAUGUGAAAGUGUACAAAAUGAUUGGUGCAAUAUAUUAGACUUGACUGGUUGUAUCGCAAGCACCACUAAUUAAAAUAUUUGUGAGCACAUUCCAAAACCCAUUUGUUUAAUAAAUAUAACCUUUUGUUCCUCUUACAGGUGGAUUUCUAAUCCCCUACCUGAUCAUGUUAAUUGUGGAAGGCAUGCCCUUAUUGUACCUGGAGUUGGCAGUGGGACAACACAUGCGACAAGGGAGCAUUGGGGCAUGGAAAGCGAUAAGUCCUUACCUUUGUGGGGUUGGUGCGUUGUUGUUUUUUAAAUCUAUGCAACUAUUUUUCCUAUCCCCCUGUCAAAUUAUUAUUGCUUAUUUGAUGCGCUACAAAGACGACCUCUUCAUGACAUGCACACAACUUGUCAGAUCUUUUUAAAGAAUAUUGAGAGACCUCCUAACAACAAAGGGACACGGUAAAGGGAUGGUAUCCGCAAUAUACAAAAUACUACUACAAAAUCCCACAAACCCCCUAGACGCAAUCAAAAAACAAUGGGAGGAUGAGAUAGGCUAUGAGAUUAACCCCACUCAGUGGACCAGAAUGUGGUCUAAACCCCCCUUUAAAUCCGUAUCAACGAAAAGAAAAGAACUCACUCUGAAACUCACCUACAGGUGGUACCUAUCACCAAGAAAACUAGCGCUAAUACGCCCGGGAACCUCACCAAAAUGCUGGAGAGGGUGCACCUCCACAGGCACAUACCUCCACAUGUGGUGGGAGUGCCCCAAAAUACAACUAUUCUGGACAACAGCCAUACGAUAAAUAUGUAAAAUAACUAAGCAAGUGUUAGAAAUCACCCCAGAAGUGGCCCUACUAAACAUCUUCCAAGACAAUAAUGCCCAUUUACCCCACAAAUAACUCAUAACCCACCUACUUUCAGCAGCCACAAACAUCAUAACCAAACCAAGGUGUCAAAAGCUCUACUCUCCACUAUUAUAGUCCUACCUCAAGUAAACUUAAUACCCUCCAAGUGUCCCUAUUUUCCAGGGACAGUCCCAGAAUUACAGACGCCGUCCCAGUUUCUUAUUGGCUCCCAAAAUGUCCCAGUUUUUCUAUUUCCUCCCCUCCGUGUCUUGGAGUGUGUAGGUGCAAAAUCGGAGUCCUGUUUAGACUGAAAAUAAAAUACCUGCACCAAAUGAAGGAAAUGAAGCUGGCAUACGAAGCUCUCCCUAUAAUUUUGAACGAAAACGUCACAAUCCACUUAAAAUUCUUUAAGUGCAAUGCUUCAGCAGUCAGCCAUUUCUUAGGAAAUGUGCGUGGAGUGUUUAUUCCUUUACUGUAAAUGGAGCCUGACACAGUCUACUGAGAAGUAAGUCCCACUGUAUUAAAUGGAGCUUACUCCCAGGUAACUGGGUCAAGGCUGUGCAGCCUCACACUGCAAUCCUAAGAAUUUUUACUCAGAACUAAGUCCCACUGAGUUCAAUAGGAUUUAAACUCUGCUAUGUUCCUGAGCAGGACACGGGUGGCGCUGUGGGUUAAACCACAGAGCCUAGGACUUGCCGAUCAGAAGGUCAGCGGUUCAAAUCCCCGCAACGGGGUGAGCUCACAUUGCUCGGUCCCUGCUCCUGCCAACCCAGCAGUUCGAAAGCACGUCAAGUGCAAGUAGAUAAAUAGGUACCACUCCGGCGGGGAGGUAAACGGCGUUUCCGUGCACUGCUCUGGUUCGCCAGAAGCGGCUUAGUCAUGCUGGCCACAUGACCCGGAAGCUGUACGCCAGCUCCCUUGGCCAAUAAAGCAAGAUGAGCGCCACAAACCCAGAGUCGGCCACGACUGGACCUAAUGGUCAGGGGUCCCUUUACCUUUACCUAUGUUCCUGAGCAUUCUUCCUGAUAUAGAAUAGGAUGUCCCUAUUUUCAUCAGAUAAAUGUUGGAGAGUAAAAUUUAAACCUAGACAUGGUUAUGUGAGGACAUAGUGUGAUAUGUGUGGACCUUCUUUAAGUUAGUUAAUUAGUUGGUUCUGAUGGGGGAAGAUAUAGCUGCAAAACUGAUGCCCAUUUCCAUAGCUCUCUUGUUUUCCUUUUAUUUUUAGGAAUUGCCAGUGUCAUCGUUUCAUUUUUCCUCUCUAUGUACUACAACGUUAUAAACGCCUGGGCAUUCUGGUACCUCUUCCAUUCAUUUCAGGUGGGUAAGAAAAUUCUUUCAGCAGUAGAGUGCCGCACACAAUGGUUUCCUUCCCCUCCAGGAUUGCGAAAAUUCAGCCAAUCUGUCUGGCAGCUGUCAUUGCAGAAGCCUUCUCUAGUAAAAUGUUGGCUGAAAACAAAACCCGUUUUAUGAUCAGCAGGGCAGAAUAUUGAUGCAUCUUCUUCCUUUCUAAUUGGGGGCAAUAAUGGAAUUAAAGUGUUCUCAGAUUAUUUAUCCCGGAAUCACACAUUGGAUUUUGCUCGUAUGAUAAGGAGCACAUUUUAUGAUGUUCCUGAGGCAGUCUAGUUGCGCAGGGUCACUGAACUUGGAAAUUUCAUUGUACAAUAAUGUACAACAGCAAUGUCCAAGCCAGCAGUUGAUUUGCUUUUGACAUUGGUGCUUCAAUCACUCCUGCAGCAGAGGCAUCUAUUGAGACCUAGAAGACAUCUGAGUUGAUGCUAUACUUUUACAAUUUGCUCUGUGUACCAGAAAUGCAUAGCAAUAAUACAAUGGUACCUUGGUUCCCAGACUUAAUCCGUUCCGGAUGCCUUUUCCAAAACCAAAGUGUUCUAAAACCAAGGCGUGCUUUCCCAUAGAAAGUAAUGCAAAAUGGAUUAAUCCAUUCCAGACUUUUAAAAACAAACCCUAAAACAGCAAUUUGACAUGAAUUUUACUAUCUAACAAAACCAUUGAUCCAUAAAAUGAAAGCAAUAAUCAAUGGACUGUGCGAUAAAAUAAAUAAGACAGUAUUGUAGAUGAUAAAAAUAAUAAUAAUAAAAAUUCUUACGUGCAUUUCUGCAGUCACACAAUCAAUCAAUCAAUCAAUCAAUCAGUAGCUGAACUGGGUUCCACACAGUCACAAAAACAAGUCACAAAAACGAAGUCACAAGCCACAGUCACAAGUCAGUCCCAUAAAACGAAGAACAAGUCACAGUCGAAAAAGCGAAAAAGCCACACAAACAAAAAUGCAAAAAAUAGCAAAAACAAAAGCUCCAAAUAACACCUCUGUGUUGUGUCAGUGCUCGGUAUUCCACAGCCGACAGACUCAACAGGAAGCCUCUGAUUAGCAGUGGGGGGCUCAAUUUACAAAUGGAACACACUCAGCAGGAAGCGGAACAUGUUCCGCUUCCAAGGCAAAGUUCACAAACCGGAACACCUACUUCCGGGUUUGCAGCAUUCUAUUUCCAAGUUGUUCAUAAACUAAGCUGUUCUAAAGCCAAGGUACCACUAUAUAGGAAAUAGGAAUACAUUGCCAGUCAGCUUGACCCCAGAGUUUAUUUUUUCUUGAAGUUAUUUUUUCUCUUCCAUUGUGAGGUUUUUUUGUCAGUAAUUUAGUUUUUUUGGUCGUUUAUUUUCAGCCCCAUUAUUUCCCCAUAUUUUCUAAUUAAAUCUACAGCAGCUGGUAAACUUUUCUUCAGGUUUUGGGUUGUUACUAUCAAAUCAUCAGCAAAUGCUCCAACUUUAUAGACUUUCUCCCCCUUAUGUUUUCAUCCUUUCUGAUGUUGUGAAGGAGUGGUUUUAUCACUAAUAUAAAUAACAAGGGUGACAGAGUUUAACCCCAGAGUUUAAAGUAAAGGAGGUGGUUAUUUUUGGAAGAUGUAGUUUCGUAUGAAUGUAAGAAGCAGAAAGAGCUGAAGAUUUCAAAGAGUUGAUUAGACCACUGUCUAAUUGAACUAGCUGUGGGUUAGUUUGCUUUCUAUUUCGUUAAGAAGGCUAUUUUUCCUGAAAAACUGACAUUUUCCUGCACCAUCAGAAGUUGAUCUAGUAUCAAAUGGCAUCUUACUCUUGUUAUAGUUUAAACACUAUUAGAAAACGUGUUGCUCAUCCUGUCUUUCAUAAUUAGAUUGGAAAACUGCACUACAGGAAGUUUGCUCAAUGAAAAAGAGAUUUAUGGUUUAAUGCUCCGCUCCCCACGAUAACCUCACAUUGCUGUGGAGCAUUGCACAAAGUUUUAUGCCACCUUAACCCACAGACAGGGAAACUGUUGCCCUUCAGAAGUUGUUGGACUACAGUUCCCAUAAUCCCUGAUUGCUGGCCAUGCAGCCUGGGAACUUUAGUCCAGCACCACCUUGAGGGCCAUGGCUUUCCGAUCGGUGACCUGACCUUUUCACGAUCUGACUCAUGGUACUUGGGAAAUUCAACGUACAGAAUAAUGUCUGCUUCACAUCCAAAGGAUCCUUUGCCGUGGGCAAACUGUCCAGUCAAUCUUAACCACACGGAUUACGUGGAAGAAUGCGAGAAGGCAACACCCACGCAGUAUUUUUGGUACCGAAAAACCCUCAACAUUUCUCCGUCCAUCGAGGAGAGUGGGAACAUCCAGUGGGAGCAGGCAGCCUGUCUGGUCCUGGCUUGGCUGGUGGUCUACCUGUGUAUUCUAAGAGGAACAGAACACACAGGCAAGGUAAGAGGAUUAUCGCUGCUAUUCUUGAAGAAAUAAGCUUUAGUGAGUAAAAAGUGAUGGAAGGGAAGCAUCCCUAAAAAGCUUUUCAAACUAGCUUUGGGUUUAAUUCUCCUCAGAUGAAAAAACAUUGCUUUUCAACUGGUGAGACGUGACUCUGUAUGAGUGUAAAGGUAAAGGGACCCCUGACCAUUAGGUCCAGUCGUGGCCGACUCUGGGGUUGCGGUGCUCAUCUUGCUUUAUUGGCCGAGGGAGCUGGCGUACAGCUUCCGGGUCAUGUGGCCAGCAUGACUAAGGCGCUUCUGGCGAACCAGAGCAGCGCACAGAAACGCCGUUUACCUUCCCGCCGGAACGGUACCUAUUUAUCUACUUGCACUUUGAGGUGCUUUCGAACUCCUAGGUUGGCAGGAGCAGGGACCGAGCAACAGGAGCUCACCCCAUUGCGGGGAUUCGAACCGCCGACCUUCUGAUCGGCAAGUCUAGGCUCUGUGGUUUAACCCACAGCGCCACCCACGUCCCACCUGUAUGAGUAUGCGGGGCAACUAUUUGUGUACAGUACAUGGAUACACAAUUGUGCACUUGUCGAAUGUAAUGUGAGCACCCCUAAAGUCUAAAGCUGAAGUGUGUCUCACAGCUCUACUAAAUGAAGCCUUUCGUUGUUCAUUUGCAGGUUGUUUAUGUGACGGCUACUCUGCCCUAUGUAGUCCUCAUCAUAUACUUAAUCAGAGGUUUAACUCUCCAUGGAGCUGCGAAUGGGCUGACCUACAUGUUUACACCCAAGGUACCUAUGCCCUAAAUGGUUAUAGACAAAUGCUUAUACAAACUGAGGCAGGUUCUUCACAAAUGUGUAUUUUCACCAUGGAAGUUUAGGCCUACAAAGAGCCCGAAUACAACAGUGUACAUGUGAAUAUGAUCUACAACAGGGUUUGUUUUUGGACUACAGCGCCCAUCAUCCCAAGCUAGCAGGACCAGUGGUCAGGGAUGAUGGGAAUUGUAGUCCAAAAACAGCUGGAGACCCAAGUUUGAGAAACCCUGAUCUAUACGGAACACUAGAUACAGGCAACUCCACUUUUAUCUAUAUUGUAUUGUAUUGUGUUAUUAUAAUAAUUAAUUCUGUUACUCCAGAUACAUGAAAUCAGCUAUUUGACGUCCAUUGGAGAUUAAUUUUGUGUUACACUUUGAAAUAUAAUUCUCUUGGAAAAUAAAUGUACACAGGGAAUCUUAUGCAGCUGGUAGCACGACACAUAACCUCUCCUUGGUGUAAGUCAGAGGUUGUUGGCAUGAAAAUUAGAAUCAGCGUAACAUUAAUUACAAAAUAUUAUACAGCAGGGAGAUCCAAUGUGGUGGCUUCCAGAUGUUUUGGGACUAAAACUGCUCCAGUCCUACCUCUCUGAUGAGAGCUAAAGUCCUACAUCACCUGGAAAACAUAACAUUGGCUCUAUGGCAACUGAUUUGUAUUAAAUAUUAUUGAUUGGUAAUGGCAGAAGCAAAAGGGUCCUCAGGAAAGUUUACAGAUCUGGACUGUUUACUGCCCACCAUGCUCAGAUAUCUGGGACCAGCCUAAUUAUAUUGGCCUUAUGGCUGCAAUCUUAACCUUACUUUGCAGUAAGUCCCAUUGAACCCAGCAUACCAACAGGCCUUAUAUUUAAAGAACUGGAUUUCUUUCUCUUUUUUUACGCUCAAACAAUCUCUGCUUUUCUGCUUAAAAGCAAAUUUAAAUGGCAUUGUUUGUUUCAUCACUGUAUUUUUUAUAAUUUGCUUAUGAAAUAGAAAUAAUAGGAAAAGGUGCGAAAAUGAAGAGGGAGAAAGAUUAGCACCAAUUAAUGCUGCUGGGACAAAUUUAAGCAACCAUUCCCAUUCAGUUUGUUGCAUUGUAAGCUUGUAUUUCAUUAGAUUCCUUCCCCAUUUUCUUCUGUACAUUGGCUGUAAUAGUUCUCUUUUUACUUCAGACGGAGUUAAACACAUUUUAGCAAUUGAUUUUCCUUGGCCCAUUUGUAGCAAACAUUUUCAAUUGGACUUUUGAGAUGUGGUGUUCCGUAUUUUGUUAAUGGUUGUUCGGCUAUGUGUCUUGGCUGGAAACACUGAGAAAAUGGAAGUCUGAUUCACCAGAGGUGUUGCCUGAUCAUAACACAUAAUACAUAAAAGUAACAGGAUAUAACUGGAUAGGAUGGAAUCUUUCUCCGUUCCACAACCAUUAAACUGGGUGUCAUAAUGUUCCACCUUCAGGCGUGUUAGUAAGAUGAAUUAAAGUCUAAAAAUGCUACACAGUUCAUCUUCUUGGUUUAUGACUUGCAGCUAGAGCAACUAGCAAAUCCCAAAACCUGGAUUAAUGCAGCUACUCAGAUCUUUUUCUCCCUUGGACUUGGUUUUGGCAGCUUGAUAGCAUUUGCCAGCUACAAUGAUCCAAAAAACAACUGUGAACGACACGCCAUCAUCGUUUCAUUGAUAAACAGCACCACCUCGAUAUUUGCCAGUAUUGUGACUUUCUCCAUUUAUGGCUUUAAGGCAACUUUCAACUAUGAAAAGUGCAUGAGCAAGUAAGUGUGGCGUCUAAUUCAAUUACCUUCUUUUCUUUGUACCUGAAAAUGCAUUGUAGUCAACACAUUUUUAUUUUUUUUACUCCAGGAUUUUCUUUUUAACUGUUACGAGACAUGACUGGCAUUCAUCUGAAAUCUUUUUUGUGAAUGGUUUCAUCCCAUAUGAUUUUUGAGUUUUGUCUGACUGGGGGUGAUGGGAGAGCCCUCGGAUGGUUCAGGAUCCCAUGCAGAAGAUCUUUCAGCUACAAUUUAGUAAAUGUUAUAAUAAUGGUGCUAACAGAAACAAUUACCUGCUUAGACACUACUCAGUUGAUAAUUGCUUUACAAUUUAUUGGUCUCAGUUCAAAUCUGGCCCCAAUGUCUUUAAAAUGAAUUUAGGAAGUAUCUGGUUUCAACUAGUAUCACAUUUCCUUCAAAUUUUGUGUUAAAAUGCACUCUCUCUCUCUUUUUAUUUUUUUUUAAAAAAGGCUAUUUCCCCCAUCUUCCAGAAAUUACAAUUUGAAAAUAUUAAUGUGUUGUUGUUGUUCAAAAUAUUGUUGCUUUAUUUAAAAUAAUUGUAUUUCAUUCUAUUGUGCAGGGUGAUAUUGAUGUUGACAAACUUUUUCGACCUGGAAGAAGGAUCAUUAACAAUGGAAAAUCUUGAAGAUAUGAAGAAUUUCUUAGCAUCCACUCACCCCAGUGAAUAUGCAGAACUGUUGCCGCAGAUUAAGAACUGCAGUUUGGAAGCAGAAUUAGACACAGUGAGCUGCAACUUUUAAAAAAAUAGUUUGACUCGGCACAUAUUUUGAGAACCGAGGGACACAAUGAAAGAACCUUGUGGUCAGUGCUUGAAUGGUGUAGUGGUUAGUGUGGAACCAGGUGUGGCGUUCGUAUGGAGCCCCCGGUUGUCUCACAGACUAUUGACCUGUACACCACUAGUCUGCUGCCACCAACCAGAUCCUCCCCGAUAAAUCACUUAGUCUCAGUCAGGUUCUCAAGUUAACAAAGAAGAGUGUAGUUUAUUGCAGACACAAACUUUAACUGCAUUCCAAACCUUGUUACUCUUUACCUUCUUAGUCUUAUUUUAUCCUGUCUCUAUCACUUCUACCUCCCCUCACACAAGAACCAACUGCACUAAAUGUCUAUUUCCAACUGCCUGCCAACUGCUUUUCCAAACCAACCAACCCACUAAAACCAACCAACUACCCACACCCAAACCUCGGCUAAGCCCUUUUAUAAACAAGUAGGCUCCGCCUCUGGCUUUCCUAUUGGUCUACAUUUUAGCCCUCUCUCCCCGCUGUACACACAUUUUCAAACGAACGGGCAAAUGCCACACCAGGUCUGGACAGGAGUCUGGAGUUAAAAUCCUCACUUAGGCAAAAUGUUCAUUGGGUGGCCUGUCACUUCUCAGGGUAGCCUACUUCACAAGGUGGAACAUACAUGCCACCUUGAGGCGUUUGGAGGAAAGGAAAGAUGCAAAUGUAACAAAAAUGAAUACCUAGGAAAUCUAGGUAUGCCUUCUUUCAUUCUGUGGAAGAAAGGCAGUACCUAAAUAUUUUACACACACACACACAGAGAGAGAGAGAGAGAGAGAGAGAGCGAGCGAGCGCGCGCCUCUGGUGAAAAUUGUUUAUGGCAUGCACCAUUUAAUUUUGCUGCCCGUUGAAGCAAUAGCUUAAAAAUCUGCCUAUAGAUUCUUCCACAUAUGGCAACCUGGGACCUACAGCUGCCAUUGCGAGUGCUGACUGCAGAAGUGCCAUUUUUGUUUAGCAACAACCUACACAGCUAUUUUGCUUACAUGUCAUAAUGUUCAAAUGCCUGUUGAAUGACAAUGCAAGGGAUUCCCAUUAUCGGGCUGCACAUGUAACAGGACUGGAUAGGCGUUAUCCAACACUUAGUGGCAACUCAGUUCCAUAGAAAUCAGCGGUUAACAAGGUAUGUGUUGUAUGCCUAAGUUGUUAGGUUCGACUGGUUGCAGUUGGGGCUUACUUGCCACCAAAUUUGCACUGGAAUGUGUCGUUGUCAGAGUUGCACAUAUGGAGGCAAGCUGAUGCUCUGUAUUUAGAGCUUCAGAGCAAAUGACAAGCCUGGAAGUGAAUUGGAAGCUACUGAAACAAGUGUGGUGAUAUGACACAAAAUCUCCCCGACUGGGAUGGAUAGCUGGAUCUCUCUCAAUGUGAUACCCAUCUGUCUACUCCUGUACCUAUUACCCGCAUGGCCAGAGCUUCGGAAAUCUUGAUUUGCGAUGAACUUGUGUACAAGCCAUUGAUGGGAAUGACGGAAAGCAGUGGUUGACACAGCAAGGAAUUGCACGCAUGGCGCUCCCUUUCUGUUUUCUGCAUGGCAAUGCAUUCUCCACAAGUCUGGUUAUUUUCUGUUUUUUCUCUCCAACAGGCUGUUCAGGGUACCGGACUGGCAUUCAUAGUGUAUUCUGAAGCAAUAAAGAACAUGGAAGUCUCGCAGCUAUACUCAGUGCUGUAUUUCUUUAUGCUGCUGAUGUUGGGAAUAGGCAGCAUGCUGGGGAACACAGCAGCCAUUCUUACUCCUUUGACUGACAGCAAGUUCAUUACCUCCCAUGUGCCUAGAGAGAUGAUAUCAGGUGAUUACCACUUAAGUGCACCCACUGGACUUCAAGGGAGUCAGCCAAGGUGAAGGAAAGGUAAAUCUGCAGUUGCAAAAGAACAAUGUUCCUUUGCAGCUAUGGCUUUACCUUUGGCACUGUUCCCCGUUGUGCUUUCAGAAGGGAUUGGGAGUGCCCGAGUACAGUAUAUCAGAUUCCCUUCAAAAGCAGCAAAAGAUGCUAAAAUUCAUACUGUAAGCAGCUUGAAUCUGAAGACAAAAUGUGCCUCGGUAGUAGAAAUGGCCACUUGGUCCCAAUGUAAAAUUAGGCCUAUGAACAAGCGACUUUCCACCACUGUGCUGCAGUAAAGUCAGCCUAAAAUUAGUUGACCCCAAAAGCACAAAUCCAUACCUUAUUUAAUUUACAGCCUAAAUUCAAACUACUUUUUUCCCCAGGAGGUGUAUGCAUCAUCAACUUUUUAGUUGGCCUAGCAUUCACCCUGGAAGCUGGCAACUACUGGUUUGAUAUCUUCAAUGAUUACGCAGCUACUCUCUCCUUGCUACUUAUAGUACUGGUGGAAACCAUGGCUGUCUGUUACGUAUAUGGACUCAGAAGGUAAGACCUUGGGAACAUCCUAUCACAUUUUAUUCUCAUAACUUAUCCAGUAGACUCAGCAGCUGUUAUCUCAAACCUGUGCAACACUUUGUGCACACCAGAACCAUAUUCCUUCUACAUUAUUUCAACAAUCUUCACCACAAAACUUGGUUUUCCUUGGCAGUUGCAAUUUCGAUCCAAAACAAUGUAUCGUUAAAAAAAUGAACCAAUUAAGUGUGUGCUUUUCUUUCUUUGACAGAUUUUCUAAAGACCUUUCUGUGAUGAGCGGACAUAAACCAAGUUGGUACUGGAAGAUUAUGUGGGCUUUCGUUAGUCCUGUGUUGAUUGUAAGCCUCUUUAUAUUUUACAUCACAGACUACAUCAGAACAGGGACAUUGCGAUACCAAGCCUGGGAUGCAACAGAGGUAUUUUACUCAUUGCAAUUUUUACCCACUCGUAGCUAGAAGUACAGGUAGGAGGUGGGAGGAUGGCACUUCUAAUUGGUGACUUUAAAAAAAAUCAACUGCUGCAUUUAACUAUGUUUAGGGUAUAAAUUUCAUGGCAAGUGUUAAAUAAUCAGAAUUCCAAAAUGGUUUCUUACAGUAUUAACAAGGUUAGAAAACUACCCUUUAUAAUAGGUCUCAAUAGGCUUUAGUCGUGUUAAGUUUUAAUCACCCUAUUAGACCCAGAGUAUGAGUAUGAGACACAUGCUGAAUACUUGUCAAGUUAAAUAAUCACAAUCUACAGAAAGCACUGUUCUAGCUAUCUUUAGACCAUACCGCAGCUGUUUUCAUGUCCUCUUGCAGAAAAGAUAUAUUAGCAGCCAGGGUUCUGGAAUGGCUUACACCACAGCCACUUUGAGCAUUGAUAAAAACAGGCCCAGUAAGCUUCAAAGCAGCUGAACAUGUAGAAUAAAAUACAAUUUGAAGGUCGUCCCCCCCCCGCUGAAACAAUUCACAGCAUACAUAUGUUCAGGUUCAAUGAUUACAAUUCAAAUCUCCAUCUGAAGUUUUACAAAACGAGCAAAGCUAUAAUUUGACAGAGCUGGUUUGCAUGUCAUUGGCUUAAUCAUGAACAUGAUUAAGCCAAUCUGCGCAACUUUCCAUCCUCCCAUGUGAUUCAAACAAGCCAUGCUAUGGCUUGUCAAGUAACCAAACCUGGAUCAGGAUUCAUUUCUUUCAAUGAAAAGUCAGUACUGGUUAGGAAUAAAUAACAAGCCAUACUUUUUGUCUGAGCUGUCUCUGGGAGGGAGGAGGAGAGAAGAUGCAAGAAGACCUGCACAGCAUGGGCAAGAAGACAUGUUCAGGACUGAACCAUAGUUUAAGACAAACUAGGUUUGUCAUGAGAUAUUAACCAAAUCAAGUUUUUGAAGUUAAUAUGUAAUUUGUUGCAACAUCUCUACAGAAAUGAAAUUUUUAAGUUUUAGUUUUAAAAAAUCAGAACACAGCUGUACAUACGAAACGUUUAGCUGUUUGACAUGUUGCAUAUUAGAGAACAGUGGUCAUUAUCAAGUUGUUUUUCAAAUGCAGUGGUCAGAUGAAACUUUACAUGCCCUCUGCUCACUGAAAGGCCCUGCGGUACAUAGCCCUGUAGCAGUCUGAAUUUCAGUUUUAAGUAUUUCUGCUAGGAAGCAUCAAAGAUGAGGUGCUCACUUUGAAAGCAAUGCAGGGUAAGCUCUGAAAAAAGUGCCUCCCACUAAUUCUAAAUUUGCACAGUACCACACAUCUGCAUUAAUAGACUUUUGUUUUACAUCUGGUCCUCUCUCUCUUGCAGGGUCAGCUGGUUACAAAAGAUUAUCCAAGUGGGGCCCUAGCAGUUAUUGGGCUGCUUGUCGCAGCCUCCACUUUGUGCAUACCACUGGGAGCAUUAGUAACUUUUAUAAUGAAAAGAACAAAUCCUUAG